AUGAAUACGAAUGCGAAUAAUACGACCGACAUUGCUUCCAGUGAUCCACCUUUAGAAUCACGUUCGGUAACCAAUCCAGCCAUACAAACAAGUCGACAAAGACGAAGAAAAAAAUGCCAUGGACAUAAACAACGAAGACGUUUUCGUCGAAGACGAUAUAAACGUGGUAUGACUAAAGAAGAGAAUGUAACUGCUUCGACAACAACUGUAGAACAGAAGGAAACAACGGCAACAUCGGCAUCAAUACCAAAAAAACAAGAUGUCAAUCAAAAUCAAGUCAAACAUGUUGUACCGAAUAACAAACGUAAACGAGAUAUCUCAUCUCAAGAUCUACAUCGUCAUCUGCUUCCAUCAUCAGCAUCCAAUCAAUUGAACAUUCGGCCACCAACAAUCAAGAAAAUGAAAAGAAUCAGUUUCAUUCAAUCCAUUCCAGUGAAUAGUAUUAGUAUGAAUAAGAAUUAUCCAAUGCCAGCUUAUUUAACUCAUUCACCACAUCUUAUUUUUCAAGCACUUCGUCAAGAAUUUAAUUGUUCAUUAAAUAAAAAAGAUGAACAAAUCUUUAUUCAUUUACGAUUACAAUUAUUCGAUCGUCAAUUUCGCCUUGAACUCGAUCAGCACUUAUGGCAAUCCUAUUUAGAUCUUUUUCAUCAAGACAAUUUAUGGCCAGUAAGUUUUAUGAAUGACAAUGUCUGUUAUUGUAAUAAUUUUUUUUCUUUAUUUCAAGCAUCAAUUGUAUGA